CGGGCGGGCCAUUCUCAGCUUCUCCUUCGCUCUUAGCACCAAUGUCGGAGGUGUUUGCGCCUGGAAGAAAUGGACUCUGGCAAUGCACGAAUGUGAUCGUUCAGAGAUCCGAUCCGUUGAGUCUGUGAAUGGCGCCAAAACAGGACCCUAAACCUAAAUUUCAAGAAGGUGAAAGAGUCCUGUGCUUUCAUGGGCCAUUGCUCUAUGAGGCAAAGUGUGUAAAGAUCAACAUAAAGGAGAAACUGAUUAAAUACUUCAUUCAUUACAGCGGAUGGAACAAAAACUGGGAUGAAUGGGUUCCUGAAAGCAGAGUUCUCAAAUAUGUUGACAGCAACCUUGCGAAACAAAAAGAGCUUCAGAAGGCCAAUCUGGACCAUUAUGUUGAGGGAAAGAUGAGGGGUUUAGCACCAAGCAAGAAGAUUGCUGCUGUGCAGCAGAAAAUUGUUGAUCUGAAAGUGAAAAAGGCAAAGCAGAAGACCCCAGGGCCGGGUGAAGGCACCAGCAGCGGAGAAACGCCGCAGGGACCCCGGAAGAAGAGGGCUCGGGUCGAUCCCACUGUGGAGAGUGAGGAGAUGUUCACCAACCGCGUAGAGGUGAAGAUGAAGAUUCCUGAAGAGCUGAAACCCUGGCUGGUGGACGACUGGGACCUCAUCACCCGACAGAAACAGUUGUUUCAUCUGCCUGCUAAGAAGAAUAUAGAGACUGUUUUGGAGGAUUAUGCAAACUAUAAGAAAUCGAAAGGAAACUCGGAUAACAAGGAGUACGCGGUCAACGAGGUCGUGUCGGGGAUUCGGGAGUACUUCAACGUCAUGCUGGGCACUCAGCUGCUUUACAAGUUCGAGAGGCCGCAGUACGCCGAGAUCCUGGCUGAACACCCGGACAUGCCCAUGUCGCAGGUGUACGGAGCGCCACACCUGCUGCGUCUCUUUGCUUUUCAUUGCCAGAUUUGUACGGCCACGGACCUCCUGCCAACUCCUCCUAACGCCGUGGAGAACGCAGCCGAGUGCUCCGCAGACCCGGCUGCUCCACGAGCAAAUAUUCGGAUUGGAGCCAUGCUGGCCUACACGCCACUGGACGAGAAGAGUCUGGCUUUGCUGCUCAAUUACCUCCAAGAUUUCCUCAAGUAUCUGGUAAAGAACUCAUCCACCCUCCUGAGUGUCACUGAUUAUGAGGUCGCGCCCGCUGAGUACCACCGCAAGGCCGUGUGACACCGUUCUCCCACCACACAGACAACAAACUUUACUUCCCCUGUGAGUGCAGACUCCGAUGACAUUUGUUUUCCCUUGAACUGAUCCGCUCCUUCCACAAAAAAGGUCUCAGGAGCUUGUCACAGUUAAGUAAAAAUAAAAAGUUUGUUUGUUUGUUGAAUCUCUCUCUUUUAUCUCUCUUUAUCCUUUUCCUGUCACUUAUUUGGAAAGUCGCAACAUUUUUUAAAAAGUAUUUUUCUUCUGUUGACAAGUUAAUCUUUCCACAAGCAGCUCUUAGGUGUUUUUUUGCAUUCCACCCGAUAGAUGUGUUACCGUUGCAUGUCUGUAUUUAUUAAUGUUCGUUCUGCCACACAAGGUGCAAUUUAUUGCUGGAUCACAUGGUCAUCACUCAACAGUUGGUGUUUUUGUAUCUGUAUCUUGUUCAUUUGUAUCAAUUUGUAAAAAAAUAAAUAAUAAUGUUUCUAUACAAUUUA